AUGCAGCGCGCCGCCGCAUGGGCCGCGUCCCUGGCCAUCCGCCGCUUCGCGUCGUCGGCCUGCCGACCUGCGUUCUCCAAAGCAGCGACGUCUCUUCUGCCCGCCACGGCAGUGCUCAGCGCCGGCACGCGUUUGUCCCUCCAGCCAACCGCAGCAGCUGCGGCGGCGGCGCUGUGUGCCCGCCGCGGCUACGCCGGCGGGGCUCGGAAGGCGAAGGCGGCGGUAAGCGAGGACGAGGACGAGGAGGACGACGAGUUCGAGGCUAUGGGCAGCGACGGGGAGUUCGACGGUGACUUCGACGAGGAGGAUCUGGAGGACGACGACUCCGAAGAUUGCGACGAUGAACCAGUAAAGAAGCGCGGGAGGUGCUGACUCGGCUCGGUUGAGAGAAAAAUUUGUUUCGAUUGUUUCUCGUAAUAGAGAGAAAAAGAAAGAAUUAAAAUAAUCCUGCUUUGAUUGAAAAUACUAUGUACUCUUCUAGUUCACUGUUAUGUGCUUCUUGUUUGGGCAGUAGAGUUUCAGGUUUUGUGAGAUUGG